AUGGUGUCCGUUGAAACAAUUCGCGAGCAGUUCGAUGAGCUGGGUAUCGAACCAACCGAUGAAGUGGUAAACAAAUGCAUAGAAAUAUGCAUCAACAACGACAUGGAUGACCCGGUUGAAUUCGUAGAGCAAUGGAUGGCUUACAGUGUUUCGAAAUUGAGUGGUGCUGAACCAACCGUCGCUUACCUCAACGACAUGGAAGCAUACGAAUUCACGAACAAAUCUCGGCAAGUAGCUAAGUUAGCAAAUACUAUUGGUGGAAGUGGAAAAUUAGGAGCAUGUCCACGCUUGGAUUCCAAAAUGCCCAAGAUUACUACUUACCGCAAUGUGGAUUCUAUUGAACAAAAUGUAUUGGAAAUGUACGGCUGCUUAACACCGAAGGGGAAAAAAUCGUCGUCCCGAAUACAGCAUAAUGUGAAUACACCAGAAGGCGGAACUCGAGCGGGAGGAAGUUCAUUCACUACCGUUACAUAUUCACCACUAUCUUUGUCAUCGAAAAAGAUUGAUCUUGAUGCACCAAACAAAUCUGGCCAGAUCGUGUACACAUAUGGCAGUGCAAAGUUGCUAAAGCAAUUCAACUGGCUUCCAGCAGCCACUGGUGAUGGCGAAAACGGCUCUACUUCAACCGAUACCCAUCCGUUGAUGAGUGAUCGAGACAAACGGAUGGUUUGUUCCCGUUUGUCAGCUUUAAACAUUGAAAUAAAUGCGGAGAAGUUCGCUAAUGACAGCAGCAAAUACAUGUUUGAUUCGACCUACGAUCGAAUGAUUAUUUUGAGCGAUCGAAUCUACGAGUGCGGAAAAUCUAUCUGUAAUCGGUUGGCAAAUAACACUUCUACAUUGGCGACCAAGCAUAACCAACAAAACGCUGAUUCUAAUGUUAAACCACCGCCUUCGUCUUCCUCAGAAGGGGGUAAUAAUUUGGACAAGGAGGAACCGGUCGAUGAUGGGUCCGAAAUGCAUCCAGAAAGCGAAGAUAAUAUGGCCAAUUGGUUCGAUGGCAUCAAGGUACAUCAUGUUGACCAUCCAAGCUCGGAACCGAUUCGGGUGUUGGGAAGGAUCAUUGUUGAAUCAUUAUCGCAACCAAACGCAGUCAGCACGUCGGCAAGUAAUAAGAAAAAGCUAGCUAUCAUCGAUUUGGAUGAGCAUAGUCUUCGUUACACGAUGCUUGAUUUGAGUAAAGUUAUCACACCCUCGUGGUCCGUGUUCUCCGGCCAGACGGUUCUCUUGGAGGGCAUCAAUCCCCGCGGAACGUUAUUUACUGCCAGUAAGAUUCAUUACGAGAGAACGCUCACGAUUCCUCGUCCCCCGAGUGGGCUCGACUUUACAUUAACGAUGGUAAUAGCGAGUGCGCCGUUUACCGAUAGUAAUGACCUGCUGUACGAGAAGUUCUCCAGUUUGAUGCAGUUCUGCAGUAACAAUGCACCGGACGUAUUAAUCCUUACCGGCCCGUUUGCGGAUGCCAACUGUAAGCUUUAUGCGGAAGUAGCCGAAACUUUCGAAGAGUACUUUGAAAACAUGAUCAACACGAUCAUGAAUAAGAUCGGGGCAAAAACGGAAGUGUUCGUUGUCGCCAACCACGACGAUGUGGUGAGCUCGUUCGCGUAUCCAACAGCACCGUAUAAAGUGACAAAUUUCUACAGAAAUUUACACUUUCUGCCGGAUCCCUGUGUGUUCACUGUCGAGGGUAUCGAGAUCGGUGUCACAACAGUAGACGUUAUUAAGCAGCUCAUUGAGAGCGAAUACACGCCCGACGCUUCAGCUACUGCGGUUUCCAUUGGGGGCGAUAAAAUCAAACGUGCUUACAGCCACAUGUUUCACCAGGCGUCGUUCUACCCGCUAAAUCCUCCGCCCGAGAAUGUGCCGCUUGAUGUUGAUAUGUUGAACGAUUUCGGACGGCUGAGCCGGGUUCCGAAUGUAAUGAUUUGUCCUAGUGCGCUCAACCGAUACGUGCGAGAAAUAAAUGGAUGUAUCUGCAUAAACCCUGGUUUCGUUGAUGGACACGCCACGGAUGGAUCCUAUGCGAGGUUAAUCAUCCAAUCACCGGAAGCGAUGACGUCUGUGACAAAUCAGCAAGAUACCAAACCCACUUAUCCAUCACCAGCGAGUUACAUCGCUUGCCAAAUUGUUAAAACGUGA